AUGGAUGGCUGGAGCUACAAGUGGUACGACGCGGGCGGAGCUGAUGCUGGGCAUCGUUGGAGGAGCGCUCACUGUGGUUUGGUUUGUACCUGCUGUGCGUUGGCUCUGGAUCAACAAGCCUCCGCAACAAAGUUGCAAGAAACAGAAGAGGCGCGUUUUCAUCGCAUGCCAAUGCUUGCACAGCCCUCAGCACUCUGUCGCUCCGUGACACUUGCAGCUUGGAAACCACGGGAGGAGAGGCUGGACGGAUCUUACAGCCCCGGCUACCGUCGGGCACGCGAAGUCCUGAUCGCAUUCCGCAUUCCGCGUGCAGGUCUUGCUGAGGCUUCAGGACUGAUCUCAGCCGGAGGGCUGGGGGUUGAAUCGAUCCUUGCAGCUGAGGACUUGUUUCCAGACAGCACUUCCCAGAUCCGCACGCUGCCAAAAGGACUUUGGGUGAGUUUGGCAUUGAGCGUUUGGACGGGGCAUCGCAUGGCUCUCAAGAAUUUGCAUCGCAAGCCAUGGAUUUUACGGCCCAACAAGUUUGGUUGUCCUGAAGAGGAGUCCGUGCAAGUGGUGGCGCUCACACAGUGUGCGUUCGUGGUGCGCCCUGGGGCUGCAAUCAACUUAUCACUUAUUCAAGCUUGGCCAUCCCCACCAUUCCUUCAGGCAACACGAAAAGUUGCAAGUGCUUCCGCUUCUCCAUUUGAAAUUCCUUCGGUGCCAGCAGGUGUCUUAGUGGGUACCACUUGCAAAUUGUGUGUAUCACUCUCAGUGUAUCACUACUUGUGGAGUAGAACCUGCAGUGUUUUUGCCUUGAAAUAG